AUGAAUACCUAUAUUUCGGGUCUCGGUUUGACCCAUCAUCAGGCUAUCAGUUACAAAAAUGAGUUAGCUGACGAGAUCCGUGCCAAAGUCAUCAACGUAACAACUAAUUUCACACAAGAAUACAAGCGAUCUAAGAACGCCGAUAAAUGUUUGCUGUUGCUAGUAAACCGAACGAAAAAAUAUCUAGCUGACAAUAAACAAAUUGUGGUCAUAAAUGCCGACAAAGGUAAGAAGACAAUUAUCACAAACCGAUCCGAGUAUGACGCAGGAAUGGAGAAAUUAGUUAGUGACAGCGAUACGUAUACAAAGACGAGAAGAGACCCGACUAUAAGAAUUGAAACUCAAGUCAACGAUCUGGUAACAUCAUGGCGCCUUAACAACAAGAUCGACGAUGAAAAGGAGAGGUACAUGAAAACGCAUAACAGUGUAGCUCCAGCGGUAUAUGGACUGGGUAAACUUCACAAAAAGAAACCCGGAGAAACUAUGCCAUUAAGACCAGUAGUGUGUACAAUCCAAUCUCCUACGUACAAAAUCAGCCAAAUGUUAGCCAAAGUGUUUGGUGACAUGACGAUCGAAUCGCCUUACCACGUGAAGGAUAGCUGGCAGUUUGCAAACGACAUCAAAAAUGUGAAAAUUCCGAGUGGAUACAAGCUGAUAUCACUAGAUGCAACGUCGCUAUUCACAAACAUCCCUACAUCGCUAUGUGUAACAGCAAUAAAAAACAGAUGGAGCCAAAUCAAACCACACACUUUCCUGACCCAAAAACAGUUCAUCGAAGUGGUGAGAUUGAUAACAUCAGAAUCGUACUUUCGGUACAAAGACGAUUUCUACCUGCAGCAAUGUGGCCUAGCGAUGGGAAAUGCAAUAUCCGGUUUCCUAGCCGACAUGGUAAUGGAAGACCUGGAAAAGAAAGCGUUAAGAAACUUGCCAUUCGACACACCUUUCUACAAAAGGUACGUAGAUGACAUCAUCGUAGCAAUACCAGAGAAUGAGAGCGAAACGAUACGCAACGAAUUCAACAAACACCACAAACGACUAAAGUUCACCAUCGAGGAAGAAGCUGGAAAACAAAUUAAUUUUCUCGACAUGACACUAAUGAGAUCGACAAGCGGUGAAAUAACAACAAAAUGGUACCAGAAAGAAAUCGCAUCAGGAAGAUAUUUGCAUUUCGAUGGACACAACCCGAUGACCCACAAGAGAAAUGUUGCAACCGCAAUAACCGAUAGAGCGAUCGCAUUUACGAACCCAGUCGAUCGCCCAAAGAGUCUGUUGAAAGUGAAUGAACUGCUAGCUGAAAAUGGAUAUCCCAAGCCGUUUGUGUCAAAAAUAAUCAAGAACAGAGUCGAACGUUUCUACAAUGGAAAGCCCAACAUAGAAAAACCAAAACAACGGUUCAUUGCAUCACCCUACGUCCCCGGACUAUCUGAGAGACUAAAGAAAGUUUUAAGUCAAUACGACCUGACUUUGAGCUGCAAGACAACAAAUAAGAUCGGAGAUCUAUACACGAGAAUGAAAACUGAUUCAGCGAAAGGCGCCUGGGAUGCGUUAUGUAACCAUCAUAAGAAAGCCACGUUCUCCACCAAAAUACGUCUAUUACGAAAAUUGUACCACGAAAUCCUUCCCAAGAAUGGCAACAUGGAGGAACAUCUAUCGAAAUUAACGGAAUACUACGACGAUUUGUGCGAAAUCGACCACGUUAUAGACGAUCAACAAUUUGUAUCGAUCGUUAUGACGAGUGUUGGAGAAGAUUACGAUGGUCUCAUCACAGCAUUGGAUUGCAGAGACGAAAACGAUCUAACCUUCGAUCUGGUCCAAUCAAAACUAAUGGACGAGUAUGAACGAAAAAAGAAAGUCGAUGAUUUUCCAUUCGAAGGGGAAUCUGUAUCCGUGACAGUUAAUCUCAUUGCAUCUGUGGAAUCAGAUGAUGAUUAUGAUUAUUCGUUUUAA